AAUGCCAAGAUCAACCUUGAUAAAACAUAUGCCAUUUCGCUUUCAGGUCAGCCGUCGUCACAGUGGUGUACGAGUCUCGCCACCUACGGCAUCCAUUCGUGGUACGACCGUUCAAGCGACAGUCCUCUAAUCUACCUUGGCUACCCAUUGUCAUCCACGCCCCGUCAACGCGAUCACUUCUUCACCGCCAUCCUUCAAAAAGUGGAGAAAGCCUGCCAGCUUCAAUGGCAACGGAUACUUUCGGUUCUAGGUCGAGCCACGGCAUUAAAUGUGUUGAUUCUAUCCACUUUGCGGCAUGUUCUACGUGUGUGCCCAGUACCAAAGUCCUUCAUGGAUCGCCUCCGAUGUCUUAGUCAUGGUUUCUUGACCAAGGGGAUGUUUCCUAGAGUUUUGUAUCACACUCGUAUACAACAACGUUCUCACGGCGGACUAGCUGUCUUACACCCACCGGCCCAAGCUUUAGCCUGGCAACUACGUUGGCUCCAACCACUGUUCGAUCUG